AUGAGAUUUAUUAAGAAGGGAUUGGGACAAGUACCGGAGGUUACUAAUGAGGAAGACGAGCUGAAAAUCCUGGAAGAUUUCAGCACUAAAAGUUGUUAUGAUGCUUUAGUUGGCGAUUUAGAACAGUGCAAUUUUCAGAAGUUUGUUUGGAAAAAUAAUAUCCCACACAAAGUGAGCUUUUUACUGUGGGAAGGCUUUCAAAAUGUUAUUCCAACUAGACUCAUGCUGAGACAUAGAGGGAUUCAAGUUGAAAGUGAGUUGUGUUUGUUUUGUGAUGCAGAAAGGGAGACAACGGAACACAUGUUUAUGCACUGCAAUUUUUCUUCUGUUGUCUGGGACUAUUUCAUUAAGGCGUUCAAGAUUUUGUGGCCUUUGCCAAGAACUCUGUUGGAACUUUUCGGUGCUUGGUCUAUUAAUGUGCUCCAUGGGAGAGGACGGAAAAUCUGGGAAAUUCUACCAUACACAAUUUGCUAA